CUGCAGGGCAAAGUGAUGGAGGAGAAGGCACUGGAGGUGGGCAGCUGUGGGCUGGGGCCAGGGGCUGUGGCAGUGGCCCUGGAGGAUAUGGCAGGGCGCCCUGGCCCCACAGAGCCCCCCCUACUGACCACACACCUGAAGAAAGUGGAGAACCAUAUCACAGAAGCCCAGCGCUUCUCUCAUCUUCCAAAGCGCUCUGCAGUUGAUGUAGAAUUCGUGGAGCUGUCCUAUUCUGUUCGAGAGGGACCCUGCUGGCGCAAGAGGGGAUAUAAGACCCUUCUCAAAUGUUUAUCUGGCAAGUUCUGUCGAAGGGAGCUGAUUGGCAUCAUGGGACCCUCAGGCGCUGGGAAGUCAACAUUCAUGAACAUCCUUGCUGGGUAUAGGGAGACUGGCAUGAAGGGGCAGAUCUUGGUGAAUGGACGACCUCGGGAGCUGCGGACCUUUCGCAAAAUGUCAUGUUACAUCAUGCAGGAUGAUAUGCUGCUUCCUCAUCUCACUGUGCUAGAGGCCAUGAUGGUCUCUGCCAACUUGAAGUUGAAUGAAAAACAAGAGGUGAAGAAGGAGCUGGUGACUGAGAUUCUGACGGCUUUGGGACUGAUGUCCUGCUCCCACACGAGGACAGCCAUGCUCUCCGGGGGUCAGAGGAAACGACUGGCAAUUGCUUUGGAGCUUGUCAACAACCCACCUGUCAUGUUCUUUGAUGAGCCUACCAGUGGGCUGGACAGUGCCUCCUGCUUCCAGGUUGUAUCAUUAAUGAAGUCCUUGGCUCAGGGGGGCCGUACCAUCAUCUGCACCAUCCAUCAGCCCAGUGCCAAGCUAUUUGAGAUGUUUGACAAGCUCUACAUCCUGAGCCAGGGGCAAUGCAUCUUCAAGGGUAUGGUCACCAACCUGAUUCCUUACCUGAAGGGGUUGGGCCUCCAUUGCCCCACCUACCACAACCCAGCGGACUUCAUCAUUGAAGUAGCAUCAGGGGAGUAUGGGGACCUGAAUCCAAUGCUGUUCCGGGCAGUCCAGAAUGGACUCUGUACUGUGGCAGAGAAGAAAGACACCCCAGAGAAGAACCAUGUCCAGUCCCCUUCCCCUGUUUGUCCUCCAGAAGUAGACCCCAUCGAGAGUCACACAUUCGCCACUAACACGUGUACCCAGUUCCGAAUCCUCUUCAAGAGAACCUUCUUGUCCAUCCUUAGGGACACGGUUCUGACCCACCUUAGAUUCAUGUCCCAUGUGGUGAUUGGUGUGCUCAUUGGUCUCCUUUACCUUCACAUCGGAAACGAUGCCAGCAAAGUCUUCAACAACACAGGCUGCCUCUUCUUCUCCAUGCUUUUCCUCAUGUUCGCUGCCCUCAUGCCUACUGUUCUUACCUUUCCCCUAGAAAUGGCUGUCUUCAUGCGGGAGCAUCUCAACUAUUGGUAUAGCCUCAAAGCUUAUUACUUGGCCAAGACUAUGGCUGAUGUGCCCUUUCAGGUGAUUUGCCCUGUGGCUUAUUGCAGCAUUGUGUAUUGGAUGACUAGCCAGCCAGCUGAAGCCUCCAGAUUCCUGCUCUUCUCUGCUCUGGCCAUAGCCACUGCCCUGGUAGCCCAGUCCCUAGGACUAUUGAUUGGGGCUGCAUCCAACUCCCUACAGGUGGCCACCUUUGUGGGUCCGGUAACGGCUAUCCCUGUCCUCCUCUUCUCUGGCUUCUUCGUUAGCUUCAAAACCAUCCCUACCUAUCUGCAGUGGAGUUCCUACCUCUCCUACGUCAGGUAUGGCUUUGAGGGUGUGAUUCUGACCAUCUAUGGCAUGGAGCGGGGGGACCUGGACUGCUCAGAGAACUCCUCAGGAUGCCCAUUCCAGAAACCCGAGAGCAUCCUCCAACAAAUGGAUGUUGAGGAUGCCAAGCUCUACAUGGAUUUCGUGGUGCUGGGCAUCUUCUUCCUGGCACUGAGGCUGUUGGCAUACCUUGUGCUCCGCUACCGGGUGAAGUCGGAGAGAUAGAGCUCCCGCUUCCUUCCAGCUGCAGCAGGAAGCCC